GCUUAAGUGGUGACUCGGCGCCGCCGGGAAAUGUAGUCUAUGUGAAACCGACCAAUGAAGACAAAGGAACGUUCGGACUGGCCGCUUGCCGGACGUGACGUCAAAGAACAGAUCAGGGUCAACAAGAUGGCAGCGCCCAGCAGGUUGACUCAGUGUUGAUGGGACAGUGUGCUGAGCUUUAGCCUUUCCGUGCCCAUAAGUGACCCUCAUUACUAGACCAUGUUGCCCAGUCUUCGAGCGAUCGCUGCCCGGGGGAUUUUUGCAUCAUCGGCUCCUCUCAUUCGGGCGGUUCAGGCGGCUCCUCAUACGCACAAGCGUUUCUAUGCAGGUGCUGCAGAAAGAAAAAAGUUCUAUGAAAAUGUCAGCAUUUCCCAUGGAGAAGGAGGGUUUGAAAUUAACCUGGACAGAAAGAAGCUUAAGACUCCACAUGGGAAAGUAUUUACAGUUCCCAGUGAGGCUUUGGCUGUAGCUGUGGCCACAGAAUGGGACUGCCAGAGAGAUGUGAUCAAGUUCUACACCAUGCACCUGACCACACUGUGCAACACAGCCUUGGAUAACCCCACGCUAAGAAACAAGGAACAACUUAUUAAAGCCGCUUUGAAAUUCUUGGAGACCGACACAGUCUGUUACAGAGUAGAAGAGCCCCCAGGGCUAGUGGAGCUGCAGAAGAAUGAGUGGGAUCCUGCGAUUGAAUGGGCAGAAAAGAGAUACAACGUUGUGAUUGGAUCCUCCACAAGCAUCGAAGGGCCCAUCAUACCAACGGAGACCAAAGAUGUUUUUAGCAGUCAUCUGGCAUCCUACAAUUCCUGGGCAUUAUUAGGUAUCGAGUUUAUCAUUUCUCAGCUCAAGUCUCUCAUCCUGACCAUGGGACUCAUCGAGCGACAUCUGCCAGUGGAGAGAGCGGUUCUGCUGUCACGUUUAGAAGAGGAGUAUCAGAUCCAGCAGUGGGGAAACGUGGAAUGGGCGCAUGAUUUUGACCUGCAGGAUUUGAGUUCCCGCACAGCCGCCGGCACCCUCUUUGUGCAUCUUUGCUCUGAGAGCUCUACCAAAAAACACAAGCUGUUGCAAGACUGAAUGGUACGGGAAGCAUUUCUAACUUGCUGACUGUUUCUGGGAGACCUUCCCAUCCCUACCUGAAAUGUCUGUACUGGUGAAAGGUGAAAACAAAACGCCUGCUGACAUGUGAGUGAGGACACGGCAUCUCUAUGGUUAGAGCAAGAGGCACAUCUGAACUCUUAAAGGAGAAGGAAAGCUACCGAAGCAGUUUAUUGCCAAUAGAUUAGCCAUAAUAGUGCAAGCUAGAACACUAUAUUUAUUCUGUAGAAUGUUUUACCAUAUCUGAGUAAAAAAUUCUAGAAGCUCUAUUUGUUUAGGAUAGCAACUGCCACAUUCCCAUGGUGUGACAUCACUUCCUGCCUGAAUCUCUUCCUGAAACUCAUAGCUCUGGGCUCAGAUUACAGCAGGGAGGAGGGAGAGGAACAAACUGAGCAUGCUCAAGCCCAAGCCCUGGAGGUUUAAGAUGAAAACAGGAAGUCUGAUACAGAAGCCCAUGAGUAUACAAUAGAAGGAAAGAAAUGCUGUGUUUCUAUUGACAGGACUCAGAGCAGCAUUACUUUGAGGGAUUACUGGUGUAUUUAUAUAGACCUUUCUGAUAAAGCUUACUUAGUUUUAACCUUUUCUUCUCCUUUAACUGCAAAUAUAUGUGACAGACUAUAAGUGCUGCCUAAAUCAUUAUGAUUAAUAAAGUCUGGGGCUUAUUUAAACCAGGAA